UGUGCUUUCAGAAUACGCUUGCUUUUGAUCGUAACAAGCAAAAACCUGAAAAACAAAAAAUGGCACCUCUUGGAGGAAUUCGCGAGUCUAAGGGAGCGGAAAACAGUCUUGAAAUCGACAACCUUGCUAAAUUUGCUGUCGAUGAGCAUAACAAGAAACAGAAUUCAGUUUUGGAAUUUGAGAAGGUAAUAAGUACAAAGCAGCAGACAGUAUCAGGCACUAUACACCAUAUCACACUGGAAGCAAAAGAUGGUGGUGCGAAGAAAACUUACGAAGCCAAAGUGUGGGUGAAGCCAUGGAUGAACUUCAAGGAAGUUCAGGCUUUUGGGCCUGUUGAUGCUGCAACUUCAUCUUAAUUAAAUAAUUAACUUUCCUCUGGCUCUGGUGAUCAGAGUGCUGACGGUGUAAAGCUUGAAUUUAUUCAAGUCGAUGUUUAAGUAUUUCUAAUUUUGUAUGAAUAUUGUGUAAGUUUGGAUUCUGUUGAACAUGUAUCUUAAAACCUUCUGUUAAUGAAAUAAUUAGUAUGUACGUGUUCUUAAUUUCA